AUGUUUAUUAAAGUUCAAUUCUUCAUCUUCGUUCUAGGGAGCGUGCCUUUCAUAGCACUUGCUGAAGAAGCAAGCUCAGUUCUAGAAGGAGAAGAAAGUGCAACGAUUGAUUUCAGAGACAGAAAUGACACAGAAUUUGAAGAAUUACCAACCCUGUUGCCUGCAAGACUAAAUGUAACAAGUCCCUGGCUGUAUGGAGAACUGAUGACUACAGACAGUGCAUCUGCCCCACAUGAAGACAGUGUUAAUUCUACUGGUUACAAAGAUAACACAGAAAAUGUUGAUGGUGGACUGAGUAGGGAACCAGAGAACACUGAAAAAGGUGGUCUGGAAACAAUUGCACUGGUUGGAAUAAUUAUUGGAAUCAUAGUUGCAGUUGGAAUCCUUGCAGGAAUAAUCAUUGCUGUUGUAAGGAAGAUGUCAGGCAGGUACUCGUAA